AAGGGCGGGCGCGCGCACGUCUUUACGCACGCCUCGGCCGGCGGCGGCGGCCAAGGGCGGGAGGGAUCGUUCACGGAGGGACUGGGAGCCCCGGAGCCUCGCGGUCGCUUUGGCAGCAUGUAAGCAACUUCUUGCCAAGAACCCAGGUCACCGCUGAGAAGGGGGCCUCAGGGAGAAGAAUAUCCAGAGGAAACCAAUGCCAGACGCGUCUGGAGUUGCACUCCGCGCAAGCAGCAUGAGACAUUCCGUGCCAGCAUCUGUGUCCUGCUGGCCAAGACUGUAGCUCUCCAGGUUGGAGGGUCCUGGACGCAGCACGCACCAGGAGUCUCUCCAGAGGAAGAAUGGGGCCAGAUAUGAACUUUCUACAAUGAACACAAUUUUCAGCUUAUGAAGGAGUUUUAAGUAAAACAAUUAUUUAAUUUCCAUAUAUUCAAGUUCAAUAAUAGCCUUCUGUGUGAGGUGCCAGCAGUCACCCCCCUCCACAGAAGUUAUCAGGAUUAUUCUGGCACCAAGUUGAACUCUUCUUGGUACUUCUGGCAAUGACAGAUCUUCGGGACAGAUUUAUCUGCUAAAUGCUCUUGAGCAGGAAAGAAAAAGUAAAACUUCUAGAAGGAAAGGAGCAUAAGGGGAGCAGAGCAGAGAUCCCUCCCAUGCUACUCACUUUCACAGAAACUGCUCCCGGACUCAGAUGCUUGUGCUGAAGAUCGCUCCUGCCUCAUUCACCUCCAGAUUCCAUCUGUUCUGGAGAGAGCUGGCAUUUUUGGGCUGUCCCCUACGGCCUUUCUUUACGGUCCUCCUGCCCCCAGGCAGUCGAAUGAUGUGAACUUGGAACAGGGUUUGCUAUCCUAUGGGGACUCGCUUUCUCUCCCAGGCUGGUGCUGUCUGAUAGGACCAUCCGAAGACAGUGGUUUGUUCUUGGGGAGGAGGGCACUGGCCCUGCCUGGAUCCUCCACCAUGUUCCUGUUGCUCCCCUUUGACAGCCUGAUUGUCAACCUUCUGGGCAUCUCCCUGACCGUCCUCUUCACCCUCCUCCUCGUUUUCAUCAUAGUCCCUGCCAUUUUUGGAGUCUCCUUUGGUAUCCGAAAGCUGUACAUGAAAACCUUGUUAAAAAUCUUUGCGUGGGCCACCUUGAGAAUGGAGAGAGGCGCCAAGGAAAAGAACCACCAACUUUACAAGCCCUAUACGAAUGGAAUCAUUGCAAAAGAUCCCACUUCGCUGGAAGAAGAGAUCAAAGAAAUCCGCCGAAGUGGUAGUAGUAAGGCUCUGGAUAAUACUCCAGAGUUUGAGCUCUCUGACAUCUUCUACUUUUGCCGGAAAGGAAUGGAGACCAUUAUGGAUGAUGAGGUGACAAAGAGAUUCUCAGCAGAGGAAUUGGAGUCCUGGAACCUGCUGAGCAGAACCAACUAUAACUUCCAGUACAUCAGCCUUCGGCUCACGGUCUUAUGGGGAUUAGGAGUGCUGAUUCGAUAUUGCUUCCUUCUGCCACUCAGGAUAGCUCUUGCUUUCACUGGGAUUAGCCUUCUGGUGGUAGGCACAACCGUGGUGGGAUACCUGCCAAACGGGAGGUUUAAGGAGUUCCUGAGUAAACAUGUUCACUUAAUGUGUUACCGGAUCUGCGUGCGAGCCCUGACAGCCAUCAUUACCUACCAUGACAGGGAAAACAGGCCUCGAAACGGUGGCAUCUGCGUGGCCAAUCACACCUCUCCCAUUGAUGUCAUCAUUUUGGCCAGUGAUGGCUACUAUGCCAUGGUGGGUCAAGUGCACGGGGGACUCAUGGGUGUGAUUCAGAGAGCCAUGGUGAAGGCCUGCCCGCACGUCUGGUUCGAGCGUUCUGAAGUGAAAGAUCGCCACCUGGUGGCUAAAAGACUGACUGAGCAUGUGCAGGAUAAAAGCAAGCUACCCAUCCUCAUCUUCCCAGAGGGAACCUGCAUCAAUAAUACAUCAGUGAUGAUGUUCAAAAAAGGAAGUUUUGAGAUUGGAGCCACAGUUUACCCUGUUGCUAUCAAGUAUGACCCUCAGUUUGGUGAUGCCUUCUGGAACAGCAGCAAAUAUGGGAUGGUAACGUACCUGCUGAGAAUGAUGACCAGCUGGGCCAUUGUCUGCAGUGUUUGGUACCUGCCUCCCAUGACCAGAGAGACUGAUGAAGAUGCCGUCCAGUUUGCAAAUAGGGUGAAAUCGGCCAUUGCCAGGCAGGGAGGGCUCGUGGACCUGCUUUGGGAUGGUGGUCUGAAGAGGGAGAAGGUGAAGGACACGUUCAAAGAGGAGCAGCAGAAGCUGUACAGCAAGAUGAUCGUUGGGAACCAUGAGGACAGGAGCCGGUCCUGAGCCCGCGCCUCGCGCUGGCUGGAGCCACCACUCGCGGGCCUGACCCGCGAGCCAGCUGGAGCUGCCACCGCCCCCUGCCACCCCCACUGCUGCGUCCUUGCCACCUGCAGGGCUCCUCAGGCCGCCCUGGAGCCCAGGACUCCAGCUUCUUCAGGACCGCCCCAGGGACCCCUGGGCUUGCCAUCGGAAGCAGACGCCGCUGGGGGCCGCUGCCCGGGAUGGGACACCCUUCUUGUCUUCUUGAGUCCAUUGGAGGAAUGCCAUUAAAGUCCUCUCUCCACCUGCACACGUGUGGGACUGAGUGGUCGGGAAGAAUCGGCCGUGGGCCCGUGUUCGGUCUGUUGCGGGUGCCACGUGCCAGGGGCUCUGCUGGGGAAGGGGUCCACCCGUGCGCAAGGAGACAGCGCCGAGGCGGUGCGGCCUGCUUUGGCCUGAACAUCACCCCCUACCCCGGAGCUCUGCAGACUGGAUGGAAAGAAAACUGUUGUCUGCAGGGGCUCUCAGCAAAGCGAGGUUUCAUUCCUGUGCUGCUGCCACGGGCAGUAACCAGAGGGGACGGUGAGAAGCAACGUGAUCGGUGACUAGCGUGUGGUGGGAACCAAGAGUCAUUUUGUGUUUCAGCUCCAGUGCUGACCCUGAACUCCCAUGUGACUUGCUCUCUGUUAACUCGUGCCUCAGUUUCCCCAUCUGUAACCUGGCUCAGGAGGGGAAGGGUGGUGAUACCUACCUCACAGGGUUGUUGUGGGGAUUGAAGUGCUACUUUGAAGGACAAGUUGCUCAGUGUUACAAGUGUAGGUCCAUGAAACGUGGCAGGACAAGGUCUGAGCUCAGAGCUGCUGCAGAGGGCUUUGGGUUUGUUUCUGUGAGUCAAUAAAAUUGUCUCUGAUGGUCAAUGAUCCGAGGGGUUUUUCCCUUCCCUCUGUCUCCCCUGGCUGCAGCCCUAAGUAACAUGUCUCUUAACAGCAGUUACAGGUCUCUGACUUGGCCAUAACCCCAAGACUGUAGGGAAUCCACUUGACUUCUGGACUGAGGAAUAGUAUUAUUCAGAAGGAGCUACUGUUCCUGUUGGAUGUUUGCAUAUCUGUCUGGUUAACUUGGAAUUUCCAGCACAGAUGAGCUGUGGAUUUCUGCGCGGAUAGGUGCAGUGGGAUUAGAGGCGUAUGAAGAGGUGCUGUUUGUUGGGGUUGGGGACAAAGCAGAUGAGGCAGGCAGUCUGGAUGGAAGAACGGUGGAAAGCAACAAGGACCUAUGGGGGCAAGGAAGCAACGGAGGCUCUGGAAGGGUUAGUGAGGGGGCCAGGUGGGUUCUGGCUGCAUGUGGGCUCCCACACAGCUAGAGGAGAGCUGCAGGCCUCGUGCGGUCCCUGCGUCCACCCACGGUCACUGUGAGGGCAGGUCUGAAGCCUAGCAACCCUCACCAGUUCUGGCUUCUAGGGUCUACCAAUUUCACAUACCUAACGAGAGAGAGAGUUGCCUCAUCCCCAGCAUUCACCCAUCCAUCCAUCCAUCCCCCACUCCGUCCCCUGGCCCCCCCGCCCCCCCCCCCCCCCCCCCCCCGCAUGGUCAUGACACCUUUCUGGAUUUGCACCAGCUGUGGUAAGCGGUGCCUCUCCGAGGCCACCCUCUGGCCUGUGAUGGGAUGAUGUGGAAGGGCAGCCCUGCUCCUGAGCCACUGACGUGAUAGCACUUUUGUCUUUUCUGCCCUUAGUCUGACUCUGGCCCUACCUACUUCCUGUUCCUUUAUCUCCCUUCCUAGCCUCCCCUUUCCUCUUACCUUUCACCUCGCUAGCCAGUGAAAGAUUAUUUUUCUCUCAAAUAAAAACACUGUUUUGACUGUAGGGAACAGCCUCUUAUGAACUGUUUUACCAAGAGUAAACAGUGGUUUUCAGCCUUUAGAGGAGGCGAUAUUUAUAGUGUUUAGUGUUUAACAACCAUCUGGGAUGAUCUUUAAAAUUGGUCUUGAAGAUCAAGUUCCCUUUUUAAAAGUUAUUUUUUUAAAAGCUGUCUGCUGUUCAGUACGUUUACAUCAUGGUUUUCAUCGGUGUGCUGAAAACAAUGAGAGAAAACAAGAAACUACGAAAUCAGGCCUAUCUGCUGCUGAUGGCACGGCGGAGUGUUAAAAAGCUGGGGUUAGAGUCACUGCUGUGUAAAAGAAAUACUAGCAGAAACUAAGCUAGGAUUAGUCUACUGUUUUACUAGGAGCAGAGAUGUGCAUUACACCUCAAAACACUCUCUAAAACUUUAUUUAGUGCUUGUCACAAGCAUGGAGAGUCCUCAGGCUACACCAUCCUCUUUAACUGGGGACCCGCAGGCCCCGCAUUAUCCAUAAGGCAGGAAGGAGUUCCAUCUGGGAUGGCUGGCCGGGUCUUGAGUUGCAAAACCUCACACCACCUAGGAAGAACAUGUAAGGCAAUGUCAAGUCCAGAAUACUCUUGCCCUCAGGAUCCUAGCAACAAUGAGGAUGACCCUGGCAUAAAACUAACGGCAUCAAUUAGUGGGGUGAGCACGGGCCAGCUUCUAAUCCCACUUCCUAACCUGCUACUCAUUUGCCGUUCUCUUUUUCUUGCGUUCCUGAUCCACAAUUAAGGGCUUGGGCUAGAUGGCCUCCAAAGCUCUUCCCACCUCAAGUGUCUGUAAGUUUUAAACCCAUGGCUCAAACUUUAGCUCUAAGUUCUAAAGCCAUCUAAUUCAGAAAUAUGUCCGUUUGUAUCCACUUGAUUUCUCCAAAACAUCAGGGCUGGUGAAACUUGACUCCAUCAGAGGGGCCCUGGUGUCCGGGUGAAGUGAGGCCAGGCAGGUUUGAAUGUGGAGAUCAGCUGUUUUCACUCAAAUAUGAGAUCCCCCGCCCCCUCGCCUGGCUAGUUAGAGAAGGAGUUUUCAAAACAGGCAAGUAAAAUUCCCCUGUCAGAGGAAGCUCAGGAGAAGGCUGCCAGCCACGCCGGAGAUAGCAAGCUCAGCUUGAUGGGGCGGUUUGGGAUGGCAACCUCGUGGACGAUAGAACCAACUUUUCGGAACUUGGUUCUUCACUGUGUCAGCUCCCCACCCCUCGCUAUUGCAGUGCUUCAGAGAUUAAAAAAGGCUGGCUGUGAGGCGGCAGGGAGCGCUCCACAGAGCCCUGAAUGCCCAGCCCAGCCCAGCGACCAGUCCUCGGGCACCAUCCUGUGCCAGCCCUUCACAGCAGCAUCUCACCCUGCUGUGCUGCAGAAGUGUUCUGGGUCUGCAGACCUUGCUGUUCCUCCCCGAAACUGACCACAGAAACUCAGUGGUCUGUGGGACAGGUGCUUCCCACAUCCGUGACAUGUGAGCGAGUCCACUGUGUCACAGGUCACGCCUGCCCGCCGUGCCUCUUCGGUGGCCAGACUCGAUUUCUCCAGUCGCAUUUGCCCCGUGUGGCCUGGGACCUGUGGGCUGGAAGGGCAGCUGCGUGCACACUGGCUCUUGGACAGGCUAAGAGACGACCAUCCAGCCAUCCAUCUUCCACUGCACUAACACCUCCUCUCCCCCCAGUCAAUAUGUCUCUCUCCGAUGGGAAAGUUAAUAAAUUUUGCUCUAGAUUAAAAGUAUUGAUCAUUUCAUUUGUAAACGAUAAAUAAAAAGGGGGAACUUUUCAUUGCACCAGGGGUAGCGUCUGGUGUAUUUUGCCGGUGAAAUUGCGCUAGCCGAUGGGGGGGUGGGCUUCUCAUAUGCAUUCUGGCCGGCCAGCUGCAUUGAUUUCCUAUUAGUCUCCCCAGCACCACCCAGUAACACAUCAUUUCAGCACCUGCUAUUAAUGGUCUUUUGAUAAAUAAUCACUUGUAAGUCAAUAAAUUUUUAUUAAACA